GAGAGAGAGAGAGAGUAAUUAUAAAUAGGUGUAAUCGAAUCGAAAAAUAUCGAAUUCAAAUUCGAAAUAAAAACACGCACACGCGAUUAUCGAAGAAGGGAAUAUAUAUAAAAGUUAUUUCUCUGAAUAAAAUCGAAAUAUUCUUUAUUUUAAGUGUACGUCAUAUCGCGUUGUUUAUCAUGUUACUCUUUGACGUAAAAAAUGUUCCAAUUUUUUAAAAAACCUGGGCAACGAGACAGGCCCAGAUUAUUACAUGCAUCGCCAACAAAAUCAACACAAUUAGGAAAGACAUUUGCAGAUGAAUACGGUGAUGAUUGUGCGUCGAUCUAUUUACCAUCAAGUACAUUGUGCAGCCUUGAGGAGGAAGAGGAAGAUGAUAUCGUUAAGGAAGAUAAAGACAAUAAAAGACCGUUCAGGUCACAACUUUCUAAAACGCUUCCAGAAAUUCUUGCAGAUAAGGAUGCCCUAGGUUAUUUCAUUCAAUUUAUGGAUACAAGACAUUCAAUAGCUCUUAUCAAGUUUUGGUUAGAAGUUGAAUGUUUAUGCGAAUCAUUUCCCAAUUUUCAUCUCAGCAAUGAAAAUGUAGAGAAUUUUAAUUUGAAGAACGAUUGUACUACUACUACUAUUGCUACUACUACUACUACUACUACUACUACUAUUACUACUAUGGAGUCAAGUAGUUUGUCUAAUUCGUUGGAUGAUAAUGAUAAUUUUAAUUGCAACGUGCUCCAAGGUAAUAUUGAAAAUGAUGUUAGAGAAAAGGGACUGUACAAUGAAAUUGUAAAUACUAACGAUGUUAAAUCAAAUUGUAAUGACACGCCAAAGAUUAAUGAGAUGCUAAGUGGUAUGCGACAAUUAAAUCGCAAGUUGGAGAACGAUAGAGGAGGCGAUAUGACAAAUACUAGGCAAGAUGCUUUAAGGAUUUAUAAAAAAUAUAUUAUUAAAGAAACAUUGGGUACUAAUAGAAUUCCUGAGGAAGUAAAACUAGAUAUAGAAAAUGCUCUUAAAUGCAAAAACAUAGAGCCUAUAUUACGGUGCCUAUCUAACAUUCAAAAUAUUAUAUUUGAUGUUAUCGAAAAGGAGUAUAUUAAUGACUUUCUUAGAAGUGAAUUUCAUUGUAAACAUCAAAUUGAUGUUCUCACCAGUGGAAAUGUACAAUUAGGAGAUAUAUUAUAUAAUGAAACUGCGUUUUUUUAUUUCAUGGAGUUCAUGGAACUCGAAAAUAAACGCGAGCUCUUAGACUUUUGGAUGGCUGCAAUUAAUUAUAAACAAAAUCUUUUGGAAAAAAAAGAUCCGAUUAAUCCUGAGGAAGCUCAAUCCGACGCUCUGAUCAUAUACGACAAAUAUUUUAGUUUGCAAGCAACUACACCUCUUGGGUUUAACGAUAAAAUACGUUUUGAAGUCGAAGAAAAUAUUUGUCGCGAAGACGGAGAGGGACCAUUACCUGAUUGUUUUGAUAAACCUUGUAAAAUUGUAUAUAAAUUUCUCAAUAAGCACUAUUUACCUACCUUUUUAUCGUCGCAGUUGUAUUAUAAAUAUUUAUCGGAACUGAUCAGUACCAUUCAAAGCAAUCCAUGUUCGAAUUAUCAGCUCCGGAUAAAGAGAGCGGGUUCCGACUGCAGUAGUGAAGUGAGCUCUAUUAGCAACAGUAUGCAAAGCACCCUGCAGGCAGGGAACAAUGCCAAUGGAAUAUUAUCUAAUACUAGUACUAGUACGAAGACAAGUGCACACAAUAAUAUGAAUAUCGAUACAAGACAACUUUACGAUCCAGAUUCUUUAUGGAGACGUAACAAAUAUAGAUUAAGCGUUGGCUACAUCGAUUACUUGGGUAGAUUUAUUACAGAAAUAGAACCUGAUCCUUGCAGAAAAUAUGAAUCACGAUUAGCGCGCGCUGUCAAAAGACUCGUCAAUUUGGAACAAGAUAAGGCAAAAGAAGAGUUAGCAUGGAAAAUAGCAGAAAUGAUCAUUCGUGAUAUUACGUCUUUGACUUUAGGAGCAACAAAUCAUCCAUCUUGAUGGGAUAUAUACUUUACCAUAUAAAAAUCAUUUUGGAAGCUUUUUGUACACCGCAAGAAAUGGUUAAAAAGGUCUUAUUUUCAAAUAAUUAUUUUAUUAUUAUUAUUAUCAUUAUUAUUUAUUACAGGUUAAAAAUAUAUUUCAUGAAAUGUGCCAAAAGUUCAAUGAAAAUUAAGUUACUUUAUAGAUCGGCUACAAUUAUUUAAAUUUGAUAUUUUUAAACAAUUUCACGGAGCACUGCUUAAUUAUUUUCAUUUUUCACAAAUCAAGUUUGAUAUUAAUGGAUUAUUAGAAUGAGGUUUUAAUAUACGAUAGGUCUUAUAUGUGAUUUAUAUUUACAAUUAGAUUAUAAUAUGUUAGUACAAUUGUUUUAUUUUAGUUUAUAAUAUAUUUACAAAAAUACGAAUACGUAAAGAGUGUCUAAGAUUUUUCCAACCAAACUGUGUUUGUUUUAUUUUCGUGCAUAGAAUACACUGACACUGUUUAACUGGAAAAACCUCAGACACCUUGUAUACAUCAGAUAAUCAAAGUAAAUUCAUUGUAUAUAAUAUCUUUUAAUUAUGAAAGUAACAAUUUCAAAAUACAGGAUAGUAUUAUACCCCAUUCGUUUACUACUUAAUAUUUUAUAUUUUUUCUAUAAAUUUUCUUUAUUACAUGACAUCUUGAUACAUACAUAUAUAUUGUUUUAAGUUAACAAUUAAUAUAUUUACCGGUUAGUGCGUAUCACAGAUGAAACAAUAAAAUAUUAAAUACUAUAUUUUAAGAAGCAACAUAAUGGAAACAAUGGUACAAGUUAAAUGAGUAUCUCUUUUGAAAGAAUUUUAAGAGUAUAUAUACUCUUAAUUUUAAAAAAACAAUUUAUCAGAAAAUAAAGUCAAUGAAAGAGAGAGAUUGUUCAUAUUUGUGAAUAUAUAUAUAACUGUAGAUAUAUAUCGUGCAAGAGUCGCUGUAGAGCCAGCACAAAUUGAAUCGCUUAAAAAUGUUUUUAAGUUAACUAAACAUCUUCUUAAAUUAUAAAUAAUACUCCAACAAUUUGAGAAGGUAUAAUUUUUAUUCAUGAGAUUAUAUAAAAGUAUUAAUUUUGAAUAUAUAAUAAUUAUAAGCGCAUAACAAAAUAAUUUCCGUAAAAUGCAUUCUUUUGAACGCGUUUAAAAUUUUAAUUAUUAUUUAUUUAAACGUUUCUCUUCUUUUUUUUUAAUACUAUAUUACAGAAAACACAAAUUUCUUCCCAGCAGUAUUUUAUUGGUGCGAUAUCUUAAUCCUUUUGAUACUACCAGUGACACUGUAGUAAAGGGUUAAGCUAUAUUCUAUUAAAAAAGUAUAGUUAUAAAUUUAAAAAAUAAAAAAAUGAUCUGAUUAAUUAAUUGAAAAAUAAUAAAAAAAUUUUUCUUAGCGUGCUAGUAGCAUAAACGAAGUUGAUUAAUUGUAUAUAUUAAUAUCUGUAAUAUAUAAUAUAUAAAAUUAAAAGAGACACACUGCAUAUAAACAUACAUACAGAUUAAAUAAACGAAUUAAGAAUUAGUUGAUUAGAAUUAAAUAGUAAAUUUAUUUUCGAGUAUAUAUAUAAAAAUUGUACAUUAUGUAUAAGAAAAGGAAAAAAAAAAAAGAAGAAUCAUUAAAAUUGAUAAAAGUAAUAUGUGCUAUACUUGAAUAAUGUACUAUCGUAAAUGAUAAGCUGAUAGAUCAAAAUUGUGAUGUUAACGAAUAUAACAUAUUUACUGCUGCUUGCUGGUUCCUUUUUAUACUAUAUUUAAUACACAACUAAUUAUUAAUUUUUUUAAAAACUUGUAAUAAUAACAAACGUAACAACAUUUUUAUAGCACUUACAUUUAUUAAUUAUUUCAAUGAAUGUAAAAUAUUUCUUUUCGCGUGACAAUAGAAAAGAUGUAUAUUUUGAAUUAACAAGAAUAUUAUUAUUGUGUCUAUUAUAUUUAUUA